AUGGGUGUUCCCAAAUUCUUUCGAUGGCUCAGCGAGCGAUACCCUGCAAUAUCACAGCUGAUUGCCGAGAACCGCAUCCCGGAAUUUGACUGUCUUUACCUCGACAUGAAUGGCAUCAUUCACAAUUGUACCCACAAGGACUCUGACUCCCCAUCUUUCCGGAUGACCGAGGACAAAAUGUUUAUUGCCAUCUUCAACUACAUAGAGCAUCUUUUUGGCAAAAUUAAACCCAAAAAGCUGUUCUUCAUGGCUGUUGAUGGAGUGGCGCCCCGCGCCAAGAUGAACCAGCAGCGCUCACGCCGUUUUCGCACCGCUCUCGACGCAGAAAAGGCUCGUGAAAAAGCCAUCAGAGAAGGCGUGGAGUUGCCCAAAGAAGAUCCCUUUGACAGCAAUUGUAUUACUCCCGGCACGGAAUUCAUGGCAAGGCUUACCAAGCAACUCAAAUAUUUCAUCAGUAAGAAGGUCUCUGAAGAUGUCGACUGGCAAGGAGUCGAGGUCGUGCUAUCUGGUCACGAAGUCCCUGGGGAAGGAGAACACAAGAUCAUGGAAUACAUCCGACAAGCCAAAGCGCAACCUGGCUAUGACCCCAAUGUGCGUCACUGUCUCUACGGACUGGAUGCUGAUUUGAUCAUGCUGGGUCUUCUCAGCCACGACCCUCACUUCUGUUUGCUUCGCGAGGAGGUCACUUUCGGGAGACAGUCGCAGAAGAAAUCCAAGGAAUUGGAGCAUCAGAACUUCUACCUUAUGCAUCUUUGCAUUGUCAGAGAAUACCUGGAGCUGGAAUUUCAAGAUCUCAAGCACGAGGGCACGCUUGAUUUUGAUUAUGAUAUGGAACGAAUCAUUGACGACUUCAUCUUGAUGGCCUUCUUUGUCGGAAACGAUUUCUUACCCAACUUGCCCAAUCUGCAUAUCAACGAGGGGGCGCUGGCGCUUAUGUUUCAAAAAUACAAAAUGAUACUCCCAAAAUUGGGCGGUUACAUCAACGAGUAUGGUGUGAUCAAUAUGAAGCGUCUCGAAGUCCUUUUGAAUGAGUUGGCGGAGGUGGAGAAUCGUUUCUUUGAGGCAGAAUAUGCUGGGGCCAAAUGGAUCGACGCGAAGCGGAACGGACAAAAUGCAGACGAGCCACUGACGACUUCCCGUGGUCCUAUCAGGGUCUCCCCUGAACAAAAGCAACUCUUCAAACAGGUGAAGAAGUACUUUGUGUCACCCGUCAACAAGGACCCUGCAACAAAGCAGCCAUUGAAUCUCCCUUCCACUCUUCCAGCACGGGAUCGUAAAUUUGUGCAGCAACUCGCGACCGACUUGAAUCUGCAGUGGUCAACCAAAGAAGACGGCGACGGCAACCGCUUCAUUCAGUUGGAAUUCCCAGCCAAGGGGGAACAGGCCGAAUCGGACGAGGAAGAUGAAGAGUCGGAACUAGCCAUAAUGCGGGUCUUGAAGCGAUAUGAGAAUGCAAAAGUCGAGGAGAGUACCGACGAACAAGCCCAACAAGACAUGCAGAAAAAGUAUGACCAAAAGUUCCAGGAAUGGAAAGAUCAAUACUACAAGGAUAAGUUUGGCUGGGGCCUUGAGAAUGAAGAGGAGUUAAGAAAAUUGGCGGAGAACUACGUGCAAGGUCUGCAGUGGGUCCUUUUCUACUAUUAUCGCGGCGUCGCUUCGUGGCCUUGGUUUUAUCAAUACCACUAUUCACCAAUGAUCUCGGACGUCAAGAGAGGCCUGGGCGCGGACGUGAACUUCCAACUAGGUCAACCGUUCCGGCCGUUUCAGCAGCUGAUGGGCGUUCUUCCGGAUCGCAGCAAGAAAAUUGUUCCAGAGGUUUACCAUGACUUGAUGACAUCUAAAGAUUCACCCAUUAUCGACUUCUAUCCGCGAGAUUUUGAACUCGACAUGAACGGCAAGAAACAGGAAUGGGAAGCUGUCGUCAAGAUCCCGUUCAUUGAUGAGCGGCGGCUUCUCGAUGCUAUGGCUACUAAAGAUGGUUUGCUGACUGAGGACGAACGGCUGCGCAAUGAUUUUGGGGUCAGUUUGAAAUUCACUUAUUCCCCAGAGGUCGACUACCCGUAUCCUUCCUCGCUUGUCGGAAUCUUCCCAGAUCUACCGCACUGUCAUUGCAUCCAAAAUGAAUUCGAACUUCCUACCAUGGAUGGCCUGGAGCCGUAUGUGGGUCUGGUGGAGGGUGUCAAAAUUGGCGCCGCAGCUUUGGCUGGCUUCCCGAGUUUGAAGACCUUGCCGUUCACGGGCUCGCUGGGAUUUCACGGCGUCAAUGUCUUCCAGCAAGACAGUCGAAAUGAGAGCAUGAUCAUCACCCUGUCGGACACCGAGGCGCGAACCAGAGUGGAAUACGCCAAAGUUCUUUUGAAUAGGCGUGUCUAUGUCGGAUAUCCCUUCUUACAAGAAGCGAAGAUUGUCAAGGUUUCAGACGAGCUUUUCGACUACGUCAUGGCGGAUGACGGAGAAAGCGUGCCUCACCAUAUCAAGGCGAUUGAGCAUUCUGGAAACGAGAUCGACCACUUCCGGAAGAAGGCCGAUAGAAUCGAGAAAUACUACAGUAAGAGACUUGGAAUGUUGAUCGGCGAGGUUGAAUCUCUGGUUCAAGUUGACAUGCUCAAGGGGCUCAAGAAACUGGACGAUGGAUCGACCGUCAAGGAAUUUGCCGAGCUUCCAGGUCUGGACACUGUCCAUGCGACACAGCUGGUAGUCGAAAACGUGAUCAGCGAAGACGUCCGUUUCAUCGAGCAAGCAGCGCUGCCCAUUGAAGAAGAGUUCCCAGAUGGUACUAAUGCCUUCUUCCUCGGUGACUACGCUUACGGACGCCCUGUCAGUGUUAUUGGCCAUGAGAACGGCAAGGCCAAAUGCAUGAUUGCACUCUCGAAAGCACGCCAGGUGGAAUUUGGGCGAGAGAUUGCCCGUCAAGCAGAAAGGCUGUCACCAUAUACGCCUUCAUACCAGGUGGCUCAGAGUCUUAACCUAAAUCCACUCGCAUUGGCAAAGAUCACCUCGUCAUUCUCCAUCACGGUGGACGGUACAAGAGUGAAUCUAGGGCUUAAUCUCAAGUUCGAGGCCAAAAAGCUCAAAGUUCUUGGCUAUUCGAGGAAAGGCGCGAGUGGAUGGGAGUUCAGUCGGGCAGCCAUUGAACUGAUCCAGCAGUACAUGAUUAGAUUUCCGCAGUUCAUUGCCGGCAUCCACAGGAACCCGCAAGGUGACAUGUUACCCGCGACAGCGUACUUUCCUGGCAACGAAGAGCAGGCUAAAGCAAAAGUCAAAGAGAUCCAAGCAUGGUUGAAGGAGAUUGAGUCAAAGAGCUUUGAGAAGGUCCCACUCGAAGCCGAGCAGUUGGAUUCGGAGAUUGUGAAGCGGAUUGAGCAAGCUGCGGAUGAAGCUCUUCGGACCGAACCCCCUCCGUACAACAAAACUAUUGGGGGAGUGCCUCGUAAUGGACUUCUCAAACCCUCGGAUGCGCAAUGGCGGCUUGGAAAUCAAAGAUUUAGUCUCGGAGACAGGGUGAUUUACGUGGCUGACUCGGGCAAAGUUCCGAUUGCGUCCAAAGGGACCGUUGUUGGUCUGACUCAAACUACGAGGGAAACUUGGCUUGAUGUGGUCUUCGAUGUUUCUUUUAUGAGUGGGACGUCGUUGGGAGACCGCUGCUCACCAUUCCGAGGAUCCACCGUACCGACAUGGUCUGUUUUGAAUCUCAGCAAUCGACAAGUACUCGCUUCGUCGAAAGCAAGCGCGAAUCGACAGACCAACGGGACGGCGCAGUCUCCGCUCACCGUCCCGGGUUAUGGCCAACAGGGUCAAUUACGUCCAGCAGGGACGCCUCCAGCAUUGAGAGGUACAUGGCGUGGAGCUGUAUCUGGACAUCCAUCUGGUGGACGAGGGCAAAUGAACGGCACGCCGGGACGGGGCCAAAUGAACGGGACGUCAAUGCCAAUUCGGAACGUGUCGGGCUCACCUGCCAACGGUCACCGGGGCAAUGCGACAAAUGGUCAUUAUGGUCGUGGUGACCGCGCAUCGAUGGGCCAUGUCAGUGCUCGAGGAGGGUACACGAUCGUUGACCGAGGGGAUGCUCAGGCGGGUGUUGUUCAGCACAAUCCUAAUUUCCGGCCCAAGUCGCAGAACAAUGUGCCUCCACCUCCCAGCUUGAACCACCCUCCCACGCCACGAGGUCGUGGUCGAGGACGAGGCGGAUCGUCCAGAGGAGGACGAGGUGCAACGCCGCGGGGAGGAUCAUGA